AUGAAAUAAAUUAUUACCAUUUGCUUAGGCUAAUGUGGAAUAAGAAUUGGUAAUUAAGUAUGGAAAUUAUUUUGUGAAGAGCAUAAAAUUGAAUUAUCUGGGAUAAAAAAAUAGUCUGAAAACACCUUAGAAUAAGAAAACUUAUUAUCAUUUUUUUAAGAAAGUGUAUCAGAAAAAAUAACACCUAUUUCAGUUUUUAUCGAUUUAGAUACAGAAUAAAUUGAUGAAAUAAAAAAUGGUUAGUGUAGGACACUUUACAAACCUGAUUGUCUUAUAUCAUCUAAAGAAGAUACUGGAGGCCUUUUUUCAAGAGGUUAUUAUACAGCUGGUAGGUCUAUUUUAGAUCAUUCUAUUGAUUAAAUACGUAAAAUUGCUGAAAGCUGUAGCUACUUGCAUGGUUUUAUAAUUUAUUCAACUUCAAGUGGAGGAGCUUCUUCAGGAUUAGGAAAUUUAAUUUUAUAACGCCUUAGAGUUGAUUAUGGUUAAAAAAUACCUAUCAUAUUUUUUUAAUAAAUUCCAUGCAAUUUAAACUAAUCUUCAGUAUUUUCGUUUUAUAACUCAACUUUAAAUUUAGGCAGCUUACUUGAGGAAUCAAGCUUAAAUAUUUUAUUCUAAAAUGAAUCUUUGUAUAAAAUAUAUGAAAAUUAGUUUGAUUUUGAAUAUCCAUCAUUUAAUGAUGUCAAUCGCUUAGUUUCAUAAGUAGCAUCGGCAACUACAAGUUCUAUCAGAUUUAAAGGCGAUCUAAAUUUUGAUCUUAAUUAAUUGAUUAUGAAUUUGGUACCAUACCGUAAAAUAAAUUUAGUUAUUCCUUCAUAUUCUCCUUCGACUGAUAAAAAUAAUUAACAAAACUAGUAAAUGAGUGUAAAUAGUAUGACUAAUUAGCUUUUUAAAAAUGAUUUUAGUUUUAUCAAUUGUAAAAUUAAUGCAAAUAUAUACAUGGCUUGUUCAUAUAUGAUCAGAGGAGAUAUAGUGCCAAGAGAAGCACUAGAGUCGAUAUAUAAUUUAAAAAAAAAGAAAAAUAUUAAAUUUGUUGAUUGGUGUUCUAAUAGCUUUUUGCUAGGAGUUAACUCAUUUAAACCUAUUCCUAUCAUAAUCGAAGAAAAAUCUUUCUCUUCUUCAGUAGAUGGUUGCAUUUUAGCUAAUAGCUGUGGUGUAUAAGAUGCUAUAGAUUUUAUUGGUACCAAAUUUGAUUUAAUGUAUUCUAAAAGAGCUUUUGUUCAUUGGCAUUACGGUGAAGGCCAAAGUGAAGGCGAUCUACAAGAAGCAAGAGAAAUUUUAGCUUCAAUAGAAAAAGACUAUGAAGAAAUUUCAAAAGAUUCUUAUACAUUAUAGUUAGAGGAAGAUUAUGAAUGA